AUGUUCGGGCCUUUAUUGCGAAGAAGCAUUCUUCAGGGUUCUGCAUCACGAACUUGGAAUUGCCUUAUUAAUUUCACACAGCUGAUUUGGUGUAAAGUAAAAUAUUUACGUGACUUAAGGAUGCCGCGUACCCGUAGGAAGCACUACGCGUCGCAUUCCAGGUCUAGAUCAAGAUCUUACGAGGCGAAGCGCCGUCGUAUCGACGAUGGGUGCAGGGAGGAGUCCUACAGGAAGCGAAGCCGGAGUCGCGAACGUGAUAGGAAUUGGGCCACGGCACUCAUCGUGAAAGGAUAUAAAAACGAGAUUAUUGAAGUCGAUGUGCGGUCGAGUUUUUGUCGCCCGCAUUUCGGAGGUGCCAAUCAGUUAAGGUAG